AUGGCUCUGAAGCCAAGAAUCAAUUUGAAGGGCUAUCUAAUUGGUAAUGGAGCAACCGACGCAGACUACGAUUUAAACUCUUUUGUGCCGUUUGCACAUGGAAUGGGUCUCAUAUCAACUGACUUGUUUGAGGAUGUCAGUGCUGCUUGCCACGGCACAUUCUGGGGAAAAGUUAAUGAUGUGUGCCAAGAAAAUAUAGAUAGAAACCGUUGGGAACUGAAAGACCUGAACACGUACAACAUUCUUGCACCAUGCUACCACCACCCUGAAGUCCAAGAGACAGCGUUCGUGAACAGCAGCUUGCCAUCAAGCUUCAGAAAGCUAGGUGAAACAGAGAGGCCUUUCCCAGUGAGGAAGAGGACGGCGGGGCUUUCAUGGCCUCUCGGUCUUCCUGUGAGCAGCGGACAUGUCACGUUGUGGCCCGAGCUUGGCGGUAGAUCACUUCCAUGCAUGAGUGAUGAACUUGCUACUAUAUGGCUGGAUGAUGAAGAUGUAAGAGCUGCCAUUCACGCCAAACCGAAAAGCUUAAUUGGAUCAUGGGAAUUGAAUACUUCAAGAAUAGACUACACUCAUGAUAUAGGCAGCAUGGUGGAGUAUCACAAAAAAUUCACAGCCAUGGGAUAUCGCGUACUUAUUUACAGCCUCCCCUUUUUUGCAACACGGGGUAUGUACCGUGGAGACCAUGAUCUGUGUAUCCCUUUCACUGGAACGGAGGCAUGGGUCAGAUCAUUAGGCUACCGAGUUGUCAAUUCAUGGCGACCAUGGCGCUUUGGGGGUCAAGUUGCUGGAUAUACACAAGGCUAUGAUCACAAUCUCACCUUCCUCGCCAUAAAGGGAUCUGGACACACUGUUCCUGAGUACAAGCCCAAAGAAUCGCUGGCAUUCUACACCCACUGGCUGUUUGGAGAAAAGAUCUAA